AUGUCUUUAAUUCUCGUAUGUCACAGAGUGCAUCCCAGAAGCAAGUCAAGUGAGCAGUCGCUGAUGUAUCAGAAGAGUUUUAGAGAGAACUCCUCCAUUACCAAAGGAUUCUCCAGAUACAGUGAGAAGAAACGUUCCAGGAGUGCUGAUGAACAUGAGGCUAAAACAGAGAGAUAUUACAGGCGCCCUGAGAGAAGACCAAGGAGCCUUUCCAAGAAUGUCAGUGAACACUUAUCUGAAACUGAAGGAUCUUUCAAACACACAGAAGUGAAUAAUUUGAAGGAAUAUGAAAAGUGUGUUAGAGAACAGCCUGAUUCAGAGCGAUCUUCCAGAAGGAAGGAGAGGGUUCAUUCAAAGAACAACAGUGAACAUUCAUCUGAAACUGAAGGAUCUUCCAAACACAGAGAAGAUAAUAAUUUGAAGUGUGUUAGAGAGCAGUCAUCCGAUUCAGAGCGAUUUUCCAGAAGGAAGGAGAGGGUUCAUUCAAAGAAUGACGGUGAACACUCAUCUGAAACUGAAGGAUCUUCCAAACACAGAGAAGAUAAUAAUUUGAAGGAAUAUGAAAAGUGUGUUGGAGAACAGUCGUCUGAUUCAGAGCGAUCUUUGAGAAGGAAGGAGAGGGUUCAUUCAAAGAAUGACAGUGAACACUCAUCUGAAACUGAAGGAUCUUCCAAACACAGAGAAGAUAAUUUGAAGCAUGUAAGAGAGCAGUCAUCUGAUCCAGAACGAUCUUCCAGACAGGAGAGGAGUCAUUCAAAGGGUAGCACAGAAGUAGCCAAUCUGGAGACUCCAGGAGAAAAAAAUAACCCUGUGGAGAGAACUUCCUCCAAGAUUAAAAAAAACCUUAAGCACAAAGUGGAUGAUCUCUGGGGUAUGUACUCUGUCACCAGCAGUUCCACAGACCCAGCUGUGUCUAUUAGUUCCUCCUCUUCCUGUUCAAGUGCUGCUUCAGCAAGAAAAGAUGAUAUUGUGCAGGCUGAAAUUAAACAAGAAGAUUGCAGGAAAGAUGUUAAUUUCAGUGUGAAUUCUGUCACCCCCAGUUCCAAGGAUAUGUGUGGCCCAGCCACUCACACUGGUGUUGCAGCCUUGGCAAAAAGUAACCCCAUCAAACAGGCUGAAAUUAAACAAGAAGAUUGCAGAAAAGAUGUUAAUUUCAGUGUGAAUUCUGUCACCGCCAGUUCCAAGGAUAUGUGUGUCCCAGCCACUCAUACUGCUGUUGCAGCCUUGGCAAAAAGUCACCCCAUCAAACAGGUUAAAUUAUUAUUUUGGACUUUAAAUGUUAGUGAUUUAUAUGCUGAUUUGUAA